GCCACCCGGAAGUACUACGUGUUCGCUUCCGGUCCAGAGUUGCUUUGAGCGACUUGUUUUUAGCCAGCGAAAUUUUUGUUUCCUCUUUAUUUAUUCAUCGCUCGUUUUAUAUCCAGCUCGUACUCUGUUCGCUGUGGACUCAGACUAACUCGAGCGGCUCGACCGUGCUCUCUGUUUUACGGUCUCUCUUCCCCGUUGUUUUCAAAUAAAAACACUUGUCACAUUCAAAUCGAGCUAGCCUGUUAGCUUGACGCCCCGGCAGCGAGGCAGGUGGAUGAGCUCGUGCGACGCUCACGGGCUUUUUAAUGUUGAUCCGUGAUGGCAGCUCGGCAGCGCUUCACAGACUCGGACACUGCCGACGAAGCAGUGAGGGCGACGUGUGACGAUGCAACCACAUGCAAAAGGUUUGCUUCCAGUAAAAGCUACUGGAAGGACCCGUAUAUCCAGUACUUUGUGAGAUCUGUAGGAGAGAGGAAGGCCCCUGAAAUCAACAGAGGUUACUAUGCCCGUGUUCAAGGGGUGAACCACCUACUCGAUGCGUUCAUAAGGAAAGCAGAGUGUGACUGUCAAGUAGUCAACCUGGGAGCUGGAUUGGACACCACUUUUUGGAGACUCAAGGAUGAAAACCUCAUGCCACGGAAGUUCUUUGAAGUUGACUUUCCUACGAUUGUGGCCAGGAAAAUACACAAUAUAAAGACAAAACCACCGCUGUCCAAACCCAUCAUUGAAACCCACUCAACAGACUCCUUACUACUAGAUUCCCACUGCCUCGACUCAGACCGUUACUGCAUCGUUGGAGCAGACCUCCGAGACAUCUCCAGCAUGGACGAAAAACUGAAGAAGUUCCAGCUAAACCCAGAAUUACCUACGUUGUUUUUGUCAGAGUGUGUGUUGGUCUACAUGACGCCCUCCCAGUCCUCCAACCUGCUUCACUGGGCAGCAGAGACGUUCCACACGGCCAUGUUCAUCAACUACGAACAGGUAAACAUGAGCGAUCGAUUUGGUCAGGUGAUGAUCGAGAACCUGCAGCGGCGCCAGUGCACCCUGGCAGGAGUAGAGGCCUGCCAAUCCGUGGACUCCCAGAAGGAGCGGUUUCUCAAGACGGGCUGGGAGCAGGCGGACGCUCUGGACAUGAUGACCGUCUACAGUAUACUCCCUCAGGAUGAUGUGGCCAGAAUUGAGCGACUGGAGUUCCUGGACGAGAAGGAGCUGUUGCAACAACUUCUUCAACACUACAGCAUCUGCUGGGCCACCAAGGACAAACUCAACCUGGGUCUGUCGCAGUUGGCCUUCUGAGGUCGAAACCACUCCAUUGUUUGAACACGUGCGUGUUUUGCCAAAAGCAACAACGGGAGAAGAUGCGUAAAGGAGACACUGGGAAAGAGGAAACCCAUAUUCUCAGUCGUCUGGGAGCUGGUUUGAAAACUCCCGGCAUCAGCAGAAUGUGAUGUGGACGAGCAUCGCGUGUAACCAGGUCUUUGUCGAGGGUGAGAGGUGAUGAGGCUGUGAAGAAGUGUCACUACAGUGGCAUUGAAUUACCAAGAGUAGUGUUGGGGACAUGUGGGGCUUAUUCAUUUCUACAGGCACAUUUCUAAAUCUGCUCUCCCGUGUUGGAUAUUAAAGAAUGUAGGAAGCCUGGAGAAUUUCAAAUGUCAUGUAUUUUGUCCUUGUCUGGAUUGUAUGUGCCAUUUUCCAUUUUAUUUAUUGUUCAAUAGUACUGUACAAACACGCAUGCGUGCAAUAAGCAGAGUGCGAGGAAUGAAUGACGUGCGCCCACCGGUUACAUCCACCGGUUACAUCUGCCUGUCGCAUGUUUUCUAUUCUUGUCCCAAGUUUUCAAUCCACAUCGACGACGUGAUAGUCAGUUUGUAAUCGAGUACAUCUGAUGAAUGCUGUUCAGUGCAGUUGAGUAAAUUUUUUUUGUGUAA